AUGGGCCAUCAGCCCAACAGUGGAUACCUCAUUGAAUUGAUGUACUGCAAACAAGUGCUGAUUUCCAACAUUACAUUGGUUAACUCUCCAUCGUGGAAUGUCCAUCCAGUGUACAGCAGCCACGUAAUCGUCUCAGGCAUCACAAUUCUUGCACCGGUCAACUCUCCCAACACUGAUGGGAUCGAUCCAGACUCAUCCUCCAAUGUCCGCAUUGAGGACUGCUACAUAGUCUCAGGCGAUGACUGCAUCGCCAUUAAAAGCGGUUGGGAUGAGUACGGGAUUGCAUUCAACAUGUCAAGCAAACACAUAGUGAUCAGACGGCUCACCUGCAUCUCCCCCACGAGCGCUGUCAUCGCCCUGGGAAGCGAGAUGUCGGGAGGAAUCCAAGAUGUCCGGGCCGAAGACAUCACGGCCAUCCACUCCGAAUCCGGCGUCAGGAUCAAGACGACCAUCGGAAGGGGAGCUUACGUGAAGGACAUAUUCGUGAGAAGAAUGAAUCUGCACACAAUGAAGUGGGUCUUCUGGAUGACGGGCACCUACGGGCAGCACCCGGACGACAAAUUUGAUCCGAAAGCCAUUCCGGUGGUGCAGAAUAUCAGUUACAGCAACGUGGUGGCCGAGAACGUGACCAUGGCCGCGAAGCUGGAGGGGAUUCCCGGCGCGCCCUUCACCGGAAUAUGCAUCUACAAUGUGACGGCGGAGGUGGUGAAGUCGAAGAAGCCGAUUUGGAACUGCACCGACGUGGAGGGCGUAUCGAGUCACGUGACGCCCACUCCCUGUGCGCAGAUUCCGGAAUAUCCAGAUCGUAUAACGCAUUGCCCCUUCCCUGAAGAUGAUCUACCUGUGAAUGGUGUUGGGCUAGAGGAGUGUGCUUAUCAGAGAGCCAAACCAUGA